AUGAGCAACUUCGCCAGCUUUGGGGCCACCUCGUGGGCCGACGACGAGGCCGAGGACCACUCGGCCUUCCAGGCUGCGCCUGCCCGCCGCACGGAGCACGUCAUCGAAGAAGAGGAACGCCACCACGCCGAGCCCGAGCCCCGCGGUGGCCGCUACCAGGAAGAAGAGCGCCGCCCGCGCCGCGACAGCGGCGAGUACCAGAAGCGCGAGCCGCAGCCCAUUCCGGAGUACGGCCCGUUCAAGUGCUACGUGGGCAACUUGCCGUACCAGAUGAACGCCGAUGACAUCGCCGAGUUCUUCCAAGGCCUUGCCGUGACCGACGUGCACGUGGUCUCGGACCGCGAGACGGGCCGCCCCAAGGGCUUUGCCUACGUCACGUUUGAUGACCGCAAGUCGCUCGAGGACGCGCUCUCGGCCAACGGCGAGAUGAUUGACAACCGCCCGAUCCGCAUCGACGUCGCCAGCGAGAAGAAGGGCCGCGAUACCUCGUUUGGCAACCGUGGUGGCGACCGCGGCUUUGACCGCCCGACCCGCGACGAUCGCUUCGGCGGGGAUCGCUACGGUGGCCGUGAUGGUGGCCGCGACGGUGGCGACCGCUACGGCCAGCGCGACGGCGGCGACCGCUACGGCCAGCGCGACGGCGGUGACCGCCAUGGUGGUCGUGGUGGCGACCGCUACGCCCGCAACGACGACCGUCGCGAGGAGCCCAAGGAGCGCCCGAAGCUCUCGCUCCUCCCGCGCACGCAGUCGAACGAGGCCAAGGAGGCGUCGCAGCGCGCCAACAUCUUUGGCGACGCCAAGCCCCGUGACGAGUCCAAGUACCUCGAGCGCAAGAAGGCCGAGGCCGACAAGCCCAAGGUCCACGACGACCGCGACAGCGCCCGUGGUGGUCGUGGCGGCCGCGGUGAGCCGCGCGCGGGUGGUCGCGGCGACAAGCCGGCCGGUCGUGGCGACAACAAGCCGGCGGCCCCGACGCGUUCGGAUGGCGACUGGGUCCGCGGUGGCGCCGCCGCCGCUGUCGAGGCCAAGGCCAAGCCGGCCAAGAAGACGGAAGCCAAGAAGCAGCCUGCCAAGGCGGCCGUGUUCAAGCCGACGGCGGCGUCGACCAAGGUCGUGAACAACUUCAACGUCUUGGGCGACGACUCGGACUCGGAUUAG